UUCGUACUGUCUCCGAAGAUGCAGCACUGGUUCUUGCUGGAAUGAUCCCCUUAGACCUGCUAGCUGAUGAAACCAGGUGCAACGGAUCCGCAGCGGUAAAGAGGGAGACGACUUUGAUGAAAUGGCAGGAGAGAUGGAGAGCUGCUACCAACGGCAGCUGGACCAGAAGAAUUGUCCCGGACAUACGGCCGUGGGUGAGUAGGAAGUUUAAUCACGAGACGAACCCGUUUUGCACACACUGUGCAGGGGUUAUUGAAGACGCAGAGCAUGUCCUUUUUGUCUGUCCUAGAUAUUCUGCUGAACGGGAAGAGCUAAGCCUAAAUAUUGGGAGGAAUUUCAUAGUCACUGACUUUAUAGAUAUCCUACUUAGCUCGCAAAACAAUUGGGUCGCUGUAACCCACAUGGCUGCAGAUAUCAUGAAAUCGUUGCGUCGCGCUGAAAGACAGCGCAACUCGAAUUCAAACUCUAGAUGAGAC